AUGGAUGGAAUACCUCUGAACGUGCAUGCGAGGCCGAGGCUAGUCGGACGGCGACCGAACGCAAUCGUCAACAUAGAGACAGACGUAUUUCAAGAGAAAUCGUACAAGCAAUAUUCGUCACAGCACCUGCGAGACGCGUUGAUUGCCGUCAAAAAGGGAUAUAGCGUCUAUGCUGCCUCGAAUAAAUAUGGCGUGCCGCGGAAAACUUUACGGAACUGGAUGGAAAAGUAUGAUAUAAAAAGUCAAUUUUCUAAAGGUCGACGCGGGACAAAUAGACCGACACAAAUUUUGGAUCCUUUAGACUUAAUGUCGGAAACCAGGUCCGAAAGGUUUGAAGAUGAGUUCGCGAUAGCCAACGUGCAGUGUCAAUACGAUGGAAGUGAUUCUGAGAAAUCUGAAGGGUCAAUACGCACUACGGGCGUCACUGGAGAGCACAACUAUGACGCUAGAGACGAGCCCCCGGCGUUUAUUAUACAGCAAGUGCCAACGCCGCCAACAUCGCAGUCCAAAGGUCCGUUUGUAGAAGUGAGACCUACCAUCAUGACUAUUGGCCCAGGGUAUGGGCCCUCCGUCAAUGUGAUACACGUCGGGGACCGACCACCGACCAGCCAAUCCCAAGGCCCAGAAUUCAACAUGAACAAGCGAAUCCGGCGCAGCGAGGUAGAGCUGCGUCAGGCGGCCGACUGCGUCAGUCGAGGGCUCACCUUCCAAACUGUGUCUGAGCAGUUUAACAUCCCCAUAUCUACUAUUCGUUUCUUCAUGGCGCGCAAAGGCAUCUUACCGAGGCGGAGGCGAGGACGGAGUGCUCAAUUUAGUCGCCAAUCCACUAGCCCCGAGCCACCUUUUCACAUGCAACACUUCAAGUUGCCCAACAUGCUCGCGUUGCCGGCCGAAGAUGACCCCCCGCAAACCUAG